AUGACCCAUGAUCAACUGUCUCAGAUUUCUGGUCAGCCCGUUAUUUCUCCACCCUCUCAGCAAGGUUCAAGUAUUUUGCCUGAAGAUGUGGCUGCUCUCCGACAACAAAUUCUCGACCUGUCAAUUAUGAUUCGUGACCUAGAUGCCAGGGUAGAUUGGUUUUCUACUCAGCUUGUGGAUCAUAGUUUUCGUAUUGAGAAAUUAGAAGCAGCUUACCAACCGGACUUAUGGUAUGAAUCGCAUGAAGAUAUGAACAAUUGGGACAAUCCUAGCUCUGCUCCCCCACCUGAACAACAAUCAUCUUUACCAAAUGUGCUUAUGCAUCUCUCUCCUGACACAUCCUUUUCUUACGAUGAAAAUUCAACCAUCCUUCCUUUUCGACACCAGGACCCUAUUCCUGCUGAUAGUUCAGAUCGUAUUAAUUUUUAUAAUAAUUCUUCCUCUUCUUUUCCAUUUCAUAUUUCUCCUUCUGCUCAUUCUACUGAUUUAUUUUCAUCAAAUAUUUUACAGUUGGAAUCCCUUAAUGUUCGUUCUUUAUUUACACAUUCUUCUACUACCAAUCACCAUUCUGGUGUUGGUGUUAUUCUUCAUUCUUCUCUUGCUAUGUACAUAGUCAAAAAGAAAUUUUUUAGCGAUAGAUUGAUUGGUUUAACCCUCCAGCUCCCAGGAAAAUGUAAUGUUUUACUUAUUGGCGGGUAUAUUCCUCCCAUCAGUUCUUUGAAUCAAUCAACUAUCGCUGACUGUCAUUCCACUCUCAUUUCAUGGAUUCGCUCUGCCCAAUCUUCUAAUCAUAAUGUUCUUCUUGGUGGUUAUCUUAAUGCGGAUUUUGAUUCCUUCCUGACUUCUGGCUCUUUAUCCUGGCUUGAUUAUAUCUGGAUCUCUCCUUCUUUUUCCAUUCCACAUCUCUGGUCUUCAGUUUCGGAUUUGACGGAUAUUUUCUCUACUGAUCACUUUUUAAUUACAGCACAUUUUGAUUUUCUUGCAUUUAGAGAACAACAUGUGCCUAGUUUAUACAUCCUUAUUGUAGAUGUUCCUGAUGGUCUUAGACUUUUGGUCGCUCCUGAGGAAAUAAAAGAUGCUGUUAUCUCACAUUUUCAAAAUAUUGUUGGUCCUUCUGUUUCUCUAUUUGAUUCUCUUUCCUCUCUUCCUCCGCGAUGGCAAAAAAGAUACUCUCCAUUAGAACAGUUUUCUGAAUCUUUAUAUGACUCUGUAAUGUCACAUAUUUCUAUUUCAGAACUGCGUGAAGUUAUUUCAGCCUCCCCUGCGCAUAAAGCUUCUGGUCCUUCUUCCAUUCCUUAUGAAUGGUUCAAAUUGCUUUCUGAUACUUCUCUUCAGUUCUUGUGUGAGCUUAUGAAUCGAUGCCUUGACCUUUCUGACAUCCCUGAAGACUGGCGUUCCGCCUCUAUUACUCCUAUUCUGAAAUCUCAUGAAUUUGAUGCCCUACUGAAAAAUACUCGGCCUAUUACCCUAUUGGAAACUGCUCAGAAAUUAUUAGUUAAGAUUAUCAAUAAUUAA